AUGGAUGUCCAAAAGCAGCGUUCGCGUCUUCUCAGAAAAAUUGCCUUUCUUCCAGGAUCACGAGAUCGCGCUGCUCGACCUAUACUAGUGAUCAAUGCAGUGUGUAAUGAAGUGACGUCUCAGUGUGAUGCUCAUUCAGGAGCUCAUUCACAGCCCAAUAUGAAUGCACCAGCAUAUGAGGAUAUCGUAUCACUUAUUGGAUAUUUGGCUCAUAUUCCUGAUGAACGUUCUCGUCUUCUUGGGUUCACCGUUUUAAUAGACGGUAGACAUGCCCACCUGAAACAUCUUCGGAAUGCACUUAGAGCAUGUCAGCACGCAUUAUAUAAACAAAUCAAGCAAGUUGUUAUUAUACAGCCAGAGAAAUUUCUCGAACAACAAAAACUUAGUUUCGAUCUUAUUAAAGAGGCAUACGACUUUAAGACAACACUGACAUCCGUACAUAAGCUUUCAAAAUAUGUCGACAUAACUCAACUACCAGAUUCACUUGGCGGUACAUUUUGCUAUGAUCCACAAAACUGGAUUGAUUUACGAGAGAAGUAUGAAAAUUUCAUCGCGAAAGCCAGUAGUUGGAUUCAGACAGCGAAGAGACACGAAAAACUAGCGUUGAAUGAAUCUGCUGAUAGCGGCGAUUCUUGUAAAACUGUUAUAGCACCAGAUGAAUUGCGGAAGCAAGGAGAUGAAUUAUUGGACAAAUUAUUACCAGCUGGUGCCAAUGCCUUUAACACCCUAAAUUCCGAUUGGAAUUCAGCUGCUCAGAAGGUUGAAUUAAUGACAAAGCAAAUUAAAAAUGUGGAAGAAGCCCCUGAACUAGAAGCGAAACGAGCCCAUCAAAGAGCGUGCUACCGAGCAUCGAUGAAAUUAAUUGACGAUCAUGCACAAGGUAUCCGCAACCUGGUCGAGUGGAUAUUCGGUGCAGGCGAGAAAUGGCUUCUGACUCUUCAUGAAGUCGGUGAAUCAGCGGAUGACUCAAAACAGCUGGUUAAAGAUCACGUUCAGCUGGAAGCAAAAUCGAAGGCAAUUAGCGACAUUAGUUUAUGGAUUGAAUGCUUGAAUGUUAUUGAUAAAAUCAAUAAUGUCAAAAACACUUGGAUUCACUGUAUUGAAGUAUCCGAUCAAGCCGACGAACUGUGUGAAAUGGCGAAUCGUUUAAUUGCCGAAUUUCCUGCACAUGCAAUCACUCUUGAAAAUAACAGAGAGCAAAUGCGUGAAGUUACCAAUAGAUUUUGUUGCCGUGUUCAACGGCAAAAACAUAUCGCUAUGCAGUCAGUUCGUUUUCAUCAAUUGCUUAAUGAGUGUUCGCGUAAAACCGAUAUACUUUUGGAAUCGUUAUGUACAGAAGUAAAAGCGGGCGAUGCGGCUAGCGCAGAAAAGGAGAGAGUUGAUAUGGAAAGUAAGGUGGAUGAAGUAGAGAAGAUCUAUCAUAAACUAAUGGAGAAUGGCGUAUCAUUCAUUGAUGAAUUGUGCAUCGAUGAAUCAAAUUCAUCUGGACGAGCAGUUGCACGUGAUUAUUCGGCUGGAAUUGUGCAUGUCAGAGAACGACUCGAAGAAACUCGUGAAAGACGGCGAAGAUGUCAUCAUCUGGUUGAUAUGCGAAGGCUUAAAAUUCAGCAAUUGUUGCAGCUCUAUACAUGCGAAAAAGACGGCGAACAGGCGAUAAAGUGGAUCGAUGAGUUGCACAAUACGCUCGUUAAUGAUUAUGAUGUGGUUGAAAGGAAUAAUGAAGCACUGAAAAAACUUCGUGAAGAUCGUACGAAGCUCGAAGAAACUGCGAGGAGUACAUAUGAAUAUGGUAAGCAACUAUGCCAAGUUGCGCUCGUUCUGCGGCGAUCAUUACGAAUGGACGUCCAACCGCAGUUGGUAUUGAAUCAAAGGCUGGAAUCCGUAUGGGGCGCUUUUUGUCGUGCACUCAGUGAUAAUGAAGCUAAGCUCAAUAUCAGUGACGCUUUCCAUGCAACUAUUAAAGAAGUUAGCAAUCGACUAGAUGAGUUGUGCUUCAACGUGAACGAACAUUUGAUCGAGACUUGCCUCAGUCAAAAUAAACAUUCUUUUAAUUUACUAAAUAGUGAACGGAAAUCAUUAGCGAAUGAUACAAGAGAAUUGAAGCAUAUCGCUGAAAUGCUGGUUGCAAAUACGGAUGAAAAAGGAAACAGGUAUGUUUAUUUGCGUAUUGUAUGUCGACGAAUAACCACCCUUCUGCGUUUGCGACAGCUGAACACACUCAAUAACCGAGUGGCAAAAUUGCUGUUUUCUGAGUUUGAACUGAAAACAAAAUCACAAGAUCGUACUAAUAAGCGAAAUGCAGCAGAUGAAAUUCGCUACAAGUUGGCGAAUUUGGAAGAAAAACAACGCAAAUUAGAGAAGUUGUGGAUGAAUAGUAUCUGUACAGCUGCAACUCCAUCAACAACAUUGAUAUCGAAAGAGGGCAAAAACAGUGCUGAUAACAAUCACAACAUUGAUGAUAAAAACACUUCAGAUGCGGUCACAGAACGUAACAAUUCAACGCGAGAUCGUCAUGUGAGGAUCGCACCAAAUGCCGUGCGUUUUGAUUCAUCACAGAACGCAUCUUUACCCGUAUUAACCCAUUCGAUAGCGAAUGAAAACGUUAAUUCAACAAAUCAUGCAUAA